CAAGUCUGAUGAGGCAAACGUUCAUCUCCCCUGUCCCUCCUCCCCUCCCUCCAAUAUAGACUACUCGCUACCUCGGUUCUCGGUUAUCAGGCGAGUGCUGGUUGCCAAGGAGAGACGCACGUUUAACCACCGGUUUAUCCCACGGUAGGUAGUUACAGCGGCACGGGCAGCCCCGCCAUUUCUUCCCUCAAAACCUUGGGAUGUCGAGUGGCAGCUCGAGCUCUUCCUCCAGGAAGGAGUUCGACGUGAAACAGAUCCUCCGGAUCCGAUGGAGGUGGUUCGGUCACCAAACAGUUCCUACGCCUCUACACUCCCCGCCUCUACGAGAGUAUUUCACCGGCGGGAGCGGGGCGAGCGACAGCCACGGAGACGGACCCUCGGUGAGCGGUUGUAGCAACGGGAACAGCAGACCUUCACUUAGUGGCUCUAGCGGGAACGGGAACACCAUUCCCGUGAAUUCCGGCACAGGGAGUCACAGCGGUCUUGUGGCGAGCGGCAGCGCGGGUUCAAAUUUGUGUCACAGCAGCAACAACAACAGAAAGUUUGUGGAUUCGUCGGGAGGUCGCCACGCGAAAGGAUCGAAGGAGGGGGCGGCAGGCGGGAGCUCGUGUCCGCGGUCCGUCAGCCAGCCCGAGUGCCGGAGCUCCGCGGCGCUGUCUUGGAUUGCCCCUCUGUCGAACUCUCACUCCCGCCACAAUACCAGCAUGGAGCCCCGCGCCGAGGGCUCCGUGCCCCCGUUGUCGCCGCCGGAGCACGCUGCUCCUCCCGGGGCGGAAGAGGAAGUCGUGGCUCCGGUCAUCGAGGAGAUUAAUAAUAAUCAGGCGGACACCGAUACCAGCUCGUGCAGGACCUCCAACAGCAGUGCCACUCUCUCGUCAUGCGUUUCUCUGGAGCCGUGCGCGUGUCCGGAGGAGAGCCUGUUCACCGCCCUGUCCCACGCCGACGACACCUUCACCAAGAUGGAGGGCUACCUGAGGAGCAGGCAGCUGUGUGACGUCACGCUGGUGGCGGGGGAGCGGAGGAUACCUGCACACAGGCUGGUCCUCUCCUCCGUUUCCGACUACUUUGCGGCCAUGUUCACUAGUGACGUGCUGGAGGCCAAGCAGGAGGAGGUAAAGAUGGAGGGCGUGGAUCCAGAUGCAUUGUGGAUGCUGGUUCAGUACGCCUACACAGGUCGCCUGGAGCUGAGGGAGGACACCAUCGAGUCCCUGCUGUCGGCCUCCUGCCUGCUGCAGCUGCCCCGCGUGGUGCAGGCCUGCUGCGCCUUCCUGGUCCGCCAGCUCCACCCCUCCAACUGCCUGGGGAUCCGCUCCUACGCGGACGCCCAGGGCUGCAGCGACCUGCAGAGCGCCGCGCACUCCUACACCAUGGAGCACUUCCUGGAGGUGGUGGGAGGCCAGGAGUUCCUGCUGCUCCCCGUGGAGGAGAUGUCCAGGCUGCUGACCUCGGACGAUGUCAAUGUGCCUGACGAGGAAACCGUGGUAACGGCGUUGUUGACCUGGGUGGGCCACAACGCCGACACCCGGGCUAGCCACCUGCCCUCGCUGCUGGCCCACAUCCGGCUGCCACUGCUCCAACCUCAGUUCCUGGCGGACCUGGAGGCCAGCCCUCUGCUCAGGGGCAGUGUGGAGUGCCAGAGGCUGCUCAUGGAGGGCAUGAAGUACCACCUGCUGCCCCAGCGCCGGCCCCUGCUGCAGAGCCCCCGCACGCGGCCCCGCAAGGCCACCGUGGGGGCCCUGUUCGCCGUGGGGGGCAUGGACGCCACCAAAGGGGCCACCAGCAUCGAGCAGUACUGCCUGAGGCGAGACACCUGGAGCCAGGUGGCCACCAUGAGCGGCCGCCGGCUGCAGUUCGGCGUGGCCGUGCUGGACGGACGCCUCCACGUGGUGGGGGGCCGCGACGGGCUGAAGACCCUCAACACGGUGGAGUGCUACAACCCCCACAGCAAGAGCUGGAGCGCCCUGCCCCCCAUGUCCACGCACAGACACGGCCUGGGCGUAGCCGUCCUGGAGGGGCCCAUGUACGCGGUCGGGGGGCAUGACGGCUGGAGCUACCUCAGCACGGUGGAGAGGUGGGACCCGCAGGCACGCUUGUGGAGCUUUAUCUCCAGCAUGUCCACACCCAGGAGCACCGUGGGCGUGGCGGUGCUCAACGGGAAGUUGUAUGCGGUGGGAGGGCGAGACGGUUCAUCCUGCCUGCGCUCCGUCGAGUGCUUUGACCCCCACACCAACAGGUGGAGCGGGUGUUCUCCAAUGGCUAAGCGGCGUGGUGGAGUGGGCGUGGCCACUUGGAAUGGCUUCCUGUACGCCAUCGGAGGCCACGAUGCCCCGGCCUCCUCCCUCUCCUCGCGGCUUAGUGACUGUGUGGAGAGGUACGACCCCCAGACGGACGCCUGGACAACUGUGGCGCCCAUGAGCAUCAGCCGGGACGCGGUGGGGGUGUGUCUCCUUGGCGACCGUCUCUAUGCAGUGGGCGGUUACGAUGGGCAGGUGUACCUCAACACUGUGGAGUCUUAUGACCCUCAGACUAAUGAGUGGACCCAGGUGGCGCCUCUGUGUCUGGGCCGGGCCGGUGCGUGCGUGGUGGCCGUCAAGCUGUAAUGAGGACACCAAUACUGACAUGAAGUAUAACGUCAUGUCUGCAGGGCAUUGGGGAGGGGGGGGGGGGGGGGGGGGGGGGGGAAGACCUCAGUAACCCCUCUUGUCACUGGUGACAUGAUCUCCAUGGAUACGGUAUGUCUUGCUGAUGGGAUGACGAAGCAGUGGAAGGAUGCCAUUGCCUGAGGGGACAUCGGAAAGAAGAUGCAGAAAAUGACAGCGAGAGAGAGAGAGAGAGAGAGAGAGAGAGAGAGAGAGAGAGAGAGAGAUCAACUUAAACGUUUUAUUCAGAUUUAAUACCUAGGGGAUAGCGUUAAUAUCACUGGAGGUUGAUGAGUUUUAUGGCUGUGUGUACGAAAGGAGGUGAAAGCUGUCUUCCGUGUAUGUGAACAAAAUAACUGCUGUCUCACGGAUUCUGACCUUUUCCUUUUUAUUCGCAUACAAGGUGAGCAUGCACACUUCAAUUUAAACAAAUACACAAACUGCCAAACACUCACACACACAGACAUCCAGGGGGAUGCAUAAUUUUACCUGACAGGGAAGUGAGAGAGCGAGACAGACGGGGAGAGAGAGGGAGAAAACGACAGUGCCGCUGAGAUAUCUCAUCAUGUCAGGUCUCGUAGCUUUCCUCAGCAAUUUCAGGGAUCCUGUUUUGAUGCUAUUUCCACAUUGUUCUUUUUUCAUAUUGCCACCGUUCGCUCGCUGUUCGUCUCUCUGUCUCUCUCCUUCUCUCGCUCUCUACCCUUUCUUCCUCGCCUCCUCUCCUGUUCUCUGAUGAGGAAACUGGGUUUGACAUAAUCAGCACAAGUGUGCAAACAGAUUUGCCGUGACGCAGUGUGGGCUCCUGUAAGUUGUCUUCGCCGUUCAGAAGUACUUCCAUGAUCUUAUCUUUAUAUAGUUGGAUUGUUUUUGAUUAAUCUACAGUACAGGCUGCAGCAGCAGCUUCAUUCAACCUUAUUUAGUGUUUUUCAUUAGAAUCACCCAGCCAGGCUGUGUCCUCCUGGGUGACACAAUACAACCAUUGGAAAACCCAUUCCAACCCCCCCCCCCCCCCCCCCACACUCAACCCCUUCCAGGUAGGUCAAAGGUCAACGAUCGGUUUGACUUUUCUAUGCUAUCGUGUGUUUGUGUGUGUGUGUGUGUGUGUCUGCGUGCGUGCGUGUGUCUGUGUGCGUGUGAGAGAGGGAGAGUGUGUUAAUGUGCAUGUGCGAGUGUGCGUGCACUGGGGCCAUGUGUUCAGUGUCCAGGGACUGCAGGCAGGGUAUUUUUAUCUCAAAUGAGAAUCUUCCCUCGUUUUCUCUCGACAUCUUCAAUUCCCCACUGCUUUUCCCUCACGCUUCCCAAUCUCAUUACUGUUCACGAGCACAACCACCCACCCACACACACACACUCACGCACGCACGCACACACAGAUAACACGUGUACUCUAACUUUCACUUGCACAAAGUUAUCUGGCGUAUAGUUGCUCUAUGCAGCCAAGCCGUAAUGGUUGGAAUAAUGGAGCAGGGGUCUGAGUGCAAAGCUUCAGUGUUUGAUGUGGAGAUCAGAGACCUGUUCUAUGUGAGGGGAAAUGUAUGUGGAGUGCAAACAAAUUCAAGGGUGAAAAUCAAGCCCUCUGUUAGAGUUAGAUGGAAGAAGCUGUGUGUGUGUGUGUGUGUGUGUGUGUUGUGUGUGUGUGUGUGUGUGUGUGUGUGUGUGUGUGUGUGUGUGUGUGUGUGUGUGUGUGUGUGUGUGUUUUGUAUGUGUGCCAUUGAAAGUAUACACAAAAAUCAUGAAAUUUAUUUACACAAUCAUAUAUAAACACUUGCCCACACUAGGCAAAUACAAACACGCAUGCACUAAUGCACCCAUGCACAGACAGAGGCACACAGCUGGAUGCCAAAAACUGCCCCAGGAACCUGUGACUCAGCAAUGGAAAGUAGGCAAGCCCCCCUGCUGUUUGCAUCUGUGUUCAGAGUUACUUUAUUUUCAGUGAGAGAGAGAGAGAGAGAGAGAGAGAGAGAGAGAGAGAGAGAGGAGAGAGAGAGA